AUGGUUUCUUUUCAAUGUCACACAUGCGGCGACGUCGUCAAAAAGCCCAAACUGGACACACACAGAUCAAGAUGUCACGGCGGUUUUGACUGUAUAGACUGUUCCACGACCUUCAAUACCCCAGCGGAAUAUAAAGGCCAUACGCAGUGUAUAAGCGAAGCGGAGAAGUAUCAGAAGAGUUUGUAUAAGGGGCCUAAGACUGGAACAUCAGCGCCUAAAAACAAUUAUCCACCACAACCACCUGUACCGGCAGCUCCAGAGGGAGGCAGCUGGAACCAGAGCUACUCGGGCCGCGGUGGGUUCGGUGGACGCGGUCGAGGACGAGGUGGAGGUGGAGGCGGGAAUGGCUGGGGUCGGCCGGUCUAUAAUGGAACUGGUGCGAAUGAUACGCCGUUGGGUACGCCGACGAGGGCGGCGUCUCCUGUCGCGUCUGUGGUACCGGAGAUCUUGGUGAAAGUCCCAGAGAAGACGAAUGGGACUGUGGGGAAAGUGAAGAUGGUGACGGAUGCUGCUGCUGCUGCCGUGCCACUUCCAUCGUCGCCCGAGAAGGAUGAGGAGGCAGAAAAGGAGAAGAAAAAGGCAGAGAAGGCGAAGAGGAGGGCGGAGAGAGCGGAAUCGAGGAAACGAGGUCAGGAAAAAGAGGAAGAGAGAAAGAUGAAGGAGAAGAUAAAAAGACGGAAAGAGAAAGAGGCGGAGAAAGCUUUGAAGAAGCUCCGGGAGGUUAAAGAGGCUGAGAAGCCUGACAAGAUUCGCGAGAAGAAAAAAGAAGAGGCUCUUGAGGCCGAAACCAAUGGCCAAGUCAAUGGUGGGGAGAAGAAGAAGAAACGGAAGCGGGUUGAGGAGGAUACGGAAGAGGUCACGGCGGAGGUUGGCAGUAGAGAGAAGAAGAACAAGAAAUCGAAAAAGGCAAAGGUCGACUCGGAGGCCAACAACGCGGACGUUGGGAUGAUUUCAGGGGAGGCGGCGGAAACUGAGGUCUGGGAGAAAAAGCGUAAAGAGAAGAAGGAGAAGAAACGGUCAAUGGCUGGGUCAUGA